GCAUGGCAGAUGUAUUGUGUUGUCCGGUAAUAAGGGUUAUAAGAUGUAGUAUAAAGUUGCAGUUGUGUGUAGAUACGAAUGUUGCCUCAUAGGCAUAGUAAGCAGUGUAAUAAUGUGUUUAACACAAGGAAGAUAGUUACAGUUUGUGCUGGAUUUGUAAAACGCUAGAUUGCGAACGAGAUUGUGUUAUCAGCAGAGGGAACGAUGCUAUUCAUUUCCCUGGGAAUCAUUUCGGCAGUAACCUUUGGGUCCAGAGAGACAGGGAGAUAUGAAGUCCAGUAGAUCCCCUGCCGCCAAGAAAGUGGCCGCACGGUCCUGGAUAGAAGCUAACUUCCAGAAACGAGAGUGCAUCAAGUUCGUACCCAGCCCCAAAGAUGAUAACAGAUGUUACUGUGGGCUGUCAUUCACUUUCCAUCGUGGUACUGGCCUUGAUGUUGACAGUUAUAAGGCAGCAGAACAGCAACAGUGGACACCAUCCAGACACACACAGCCAUCACCUACUGAUGCUUAUGGUACCAUUGAGUUUCAGGGUGGACCACACCCAAGCAAGGCACAGUAUGUGCGGCUGGCCUAUGAUACCAGACCAGAACUCAUUUUGCAGCUGUUCACCAGGGAGUGGAACUUGGAGUUGCCAAAACUACUUAUCACAGUACAGGGUGGGAAAGCCAACUUUGAUCUGCAGCCCAAGCUUAAGAAAGUUCUGCGCAAGGGCCUGCUGAAGGCUGCAAAAACCACUGGAGCGUGGAUAUUCACUGGUGGCACAAAUACAGGUGUGACAAGACAGGUUGGUGAUGCACUGCUGCUGGAACGCUCCCAACGUAGUGGACGAGUGGUUAGCAUUGGCAUAGCUCCUUGGGGCAUUGUUGAGAACAACCACGAGCUUUGUGGACAUAACCGUGAUGUUCCAUAUCAUUCCAUAUCUUCACCCAGGUCUAAAUAUGCAGUUCUGAAUAAUCGCCAUGCUUAUUUCUUACUGGUUGACAAUGGAACUUCAGGAAGAUAUGGAGCUGAGCUCAUCUUGAGAAGAAAGCUGGAGAAGUACAUAUCCAUUCAGAAACUGCAUCCAGGUACUCACUGUAGUACUCCAGUGGUGUGUCUCGUGAUAGAAGGUGGCACUAACACAAUUAGAGCUGUGCUAGAAUAUGUGACAGACACACCUCCUGUUCCAGUAGUGGUGUGUGAUGGAUCAGGGCGUGCAGCAGACCUUUUGGCUUUCACACACAAAUAUGCCUCUGAAUCUGGUGAACAGACUGUCCUGGAAAGCAUGAAGGAUUACUUGAUCACUACCAUCCAGCGGACAUUUGAAGUGGGUGGGGAACAAGCUGAAUGCCUUUAUUCUGAACUUCUGCAGUGCACUCUGAAAAAGAACCUGAUCACAGUGUUCCGUAUCACAGACCGACCAGAGGAGACAUCUCAGGAACUUGAUCAGACAAUCCUUACAGCUCUGUUUAAGAGCCAGCACUUAUCUCCAUCUGAACAGUUGAGCCUGGCUCUCACAUGGAAUCGAGUGGAUAUUGCACGCUCUGAAAUAUUUGUGUAUGGACAAGAAUGGCCUCCAGGAGCUCUAGAUGAGGCCAUGAUGCAGGCCCUUGAACAUGAUCGUAUUGACUUUGUUAAAUUAUUACUGGAGAAUGGAGUCCAUAUGAAGAAGUUCCUGUCCAUACCUCGUCUUGAAGAGCUGUACAACACAAAACAAGGACCUUCAAACACAUUGGGCUACAUUCUGAGGGAUGUUCGGCCUCAUAUCCCGCGUGGUUACGUGUACACUCUGCAUGACAUUGGAUUGGUCAUCAACAAGCUGAUGGGCGGAGCUUACAGGUCAUAUUACACCCGACGCAAAUUCCGGCUCAUCUACAGCAAAGUGAUGAAGAAAUCUCCACACGUUCAUCGAAACAGCUCAUCCUUCAUCCGUUACUGUGGAAACACCAAUGUGACAUUGAGUCUCCUGGCAGAAACCCUCCCAACAUCAAAGGAGACUGCUGUGUUUGAUUAUCCAUUCAACGAGCUGCUUACAUGGGCAGUGUUGACCAGGAGGCAGCAGAUGGCUUUGCUCAUGUGGCAACGUGGUGAAGAAGCCCUAGCUAAAGCUCUGGUGGCUUGCAAGCUUUAUAAAGCUAUGGCUCAUGAAGCAGCUGAAGAUGACUUGGAGACACAGAUAUAUGAAGAACUAAGGAACUAUGGGAAAGAGUUUGAAAACAUUGCUCUGGAGCUUCUGGACUUUUGCUACCGACAGCAUGAUGACCAAACACAGCAGCUGCUGACUUGUGAACUGCAGAACUGGAGUGGACAAACAUGCUUAAGUCUGGCAGUAGCAGCCAAUCACAGGGCUCUACUUGCUCACCCCUGCAGUCAGAUUAUACUUGCUGACCUCUGGAUGGGUGGUUUACGCACUCGCAAAAAUACCAAUCUGAAGGUGAUCCUGGGACUGCUGUGUCCAUUCUACAUUGCAAAGCUGGAAUUUAAGUCAAAGGAAGAAUUGCAGCUCAUGCCCCAGACUGAAGAAGAACAUCUGAUUGGUCUUGAAGAAGAAAAUGAGAGCAUAGAGGGACAACCCACGGACACUAAUUGUAACUUGGAGCCAGAUGCUGAGAAGAAGCCACGAAAGUUUAGCAUCAGGAGCAACCCUACAAGCCAGCAGGGUAUCAAGGCUUUGAUUUCUCAUGAGAACUAUGCUAUGAGAAACACAGUUGUUCAGGAAAAUGGAAAAGUUGUAACUGAAUGUGAUGACAUGAACCAGCAUUUUCAUUUUCCAUUGGAUUAUUUUGAAGUGAAGAACAAUCGACCCCUGAGACUGAGAAAGAAACUAUAUGAGUUCUAUACUGCACCAAUAACAAAGUUUUGGGGGCACUCAAUUGCAUAUAUUGUCUUCUUGGUGACUUUUACAUAUGUGGUGCUGGUGAAGAUGGACAUGAAACCUUCAUGGCAGGAGCUAUACACUAUUGCUUAUAUAUGCACAUUGGCCUUUGAGAAAGUGAGAGAGAUUGUAUCAUCAGAGCCAGUUGCUGUCAGCCACAAGCUUUCAGUAUGGGCUUGGAAUAUGUGGAAUCCUUGUGAUGCAGCUGCCAUAAUAUUCUUCCUCAUAGGCUUAUGCCUGCGUUUGCGCUUGUCCUCAAUGCAAGUUGGUCGCCUUAUUUUCUGUGUUGAUAUUGUCUACUGGUAUCUUCGUAUUCUGAAAAUUCUGGGGGUGAAUAAGUACCUUGGCCCACUCGUCACAAUGAUGGGCAAAAUGGUCAAGGACAUGAUCUAUUUCGUUGUUCUUCUCCUUGUGGUAUUGAUGAGUUUUGGGGUGUGUCGCCAGGCAAUCCUCAACCCAGACAAAGAGCCAAGUUGGUCUCUUGUUCGUGACAUCUUCUUCAAGCCAUACUUCAUGCUUUAUGGUGAAGUAUUUGCAGACAGCAUUGACCCACCAUGUGGUGAUGACCCUGGUUUGGAAAAGUGUCAGAUGGGUCGCUGGAUUACUGCUGUUGAAAUGGCAGUGUACCUUCUUGUGGCCAACAUUCUUCUCAUCAAUUUGCUUAUUGCAGUCUUUAACAACAUCUUCAAUGAGGUGAAUGCCAUUUCACAUGAAGUUUGGAUGUUCCAGCGUUUCACAGUUGUCAUGGAGUAUGAAGAGAAACCUGUACUUCCUCCACCACUAAUUGUGCUGUGCCAUGUGUUUCUGUUGCUCAAAUAUUGCCACCGUAAAGUGCGUGGCGUCCGAGAAUUGUAUGACAAUGCCUUGAAACUAUUUUUGGACCAUGAAGACUUGGAACGGCUAUAUGAUUUUGAAGAAGAGUGUGUGGAAGGUUACUUCCGUGAGCAAGAAACAAAGUUACAUGUGUCAAAUGAUGAGUGUAUCAGGAACACAGCUGACAGGGUAGACAACAUGUAUCAGAAAAUAGAAGAUAUUAAUCAGAAAGAAAACAAACUUAAUUCAGCUCUUCAAGGAGUUGAGUUCCGCAUGAGAAAACUAGAGGACCUCACCGAUCAAACUUUGUCUCACUUGGCAGUUAUCCAUCGGUUUAUGGCAACUCAUGUGCAGGAUCCCUUGCCCAUGUCAGACUUACCAGAUGUCAGAUUGGGUACCGAGAGAAUAAGACUGUCUAGUGACAGGUCUGAUGAUCAAAAGGCUUUGUCAGAAACAUCUGAUCAUGCAGAAAAGGUUCACCUUCUGCCCAUGCUCAGCCGGGACCGAAGAAGGCCUACACGCUCCCUGACAGAAGUGAGACCUGAUUCAUUUUUGCUUGGUGAAAGUUUCCAUGUGCGGCUAGAUGAUGAUGUGCAGACCACAGAUAAAUUCAUCCCCAUGUUUGAGAAAGCAGAACAGGAGGGAGAAGAAGAAAAAGAAGAAGACGGUGAAAUUUCAGACCUGUCACAUACCAUAAGGAAGAGGAUACCACAUCAGCUUACUAAGCAGAUGAGUAUGUCGCGAAAUUCUCUCUCAGAUCCAGUUGAAAGUCAUUCAGGAAGCAAUUUAGAAGGCACUGCAGAUAUUGGAAACAAUGAAGAUAAUACACAAUCACGCAUUCUUUUCAGAGGGAACUCUUCAGAUUACCGAUCGGAGAGGAGAGAAUCCAGUGCGAGCAGUAACAGAAAACACAGCCUUGAAAUUGGUGAGGAUUCUGAGAAAGGCAGUGUAAUGCAGCGCCCUCCUGCUCUAACACGGCGACAGAUCAGUAAGACACAUUCUGAACCAGAGAAUGCAACUGGACCCAAUUUGCAGGAUGAGAAUGAGAUUCCGCGUGUGGCUGUGGUGGAACGCAGUGUGACAUGGGCAGAGCCUCGAAUAACUGUGAUACCCCCCAGUAUCAGAACAAAUCCACGUGCAAUGCUGUUAGCCAUGCAUUCGGAAUAUACAAGCAUCACAGAUGAGCUAGAAACAGUUUGUGGUCUUCUCAGUCCCCCACAUACCCCCAGAUUACUGUCACCACCGCGACCUGGUGAGAACCUGCCUCGCCGAACUCGACACACAUCAGAGAUGUCUAACCCUGAGAUGGCACUUUUCCUGGAAAAGGAGCAUUUGCGAGAUGCUGAGGAAAACGAUUAUCAGCUGAUGGAGACAUUGAUGCAUCAACACAUGGGUCAGCAUGAAGAGGAUGCUGCAGAAUGUAGUGCCUUUUUCCUCAAUGUAACAAAUGAAACACCUGAGUUCCGCAGUCGGUCCCUGCACCGGAGCAGUGCCAUUGAAGUGAAGGAUUUUCCCACCCCAUGUACACAUGGUCCACCAGCCAUCUUUUGCACAGAUGCUGAUUCACAGCAGUUGCAGAUCAUUUGCACAGAGUCUGGGCUUGAAGAGGUGUCAGGUUCAGGGGCUGAUGCACUAAGCCUCAUGCCUACAUCAGAAACCACUUGCUGAUUUAUGAAAUAUUUCCUGUGUCAGUGAUAGUGCAUAUCAAUGGCCCCACUGUUCUGAUAACCAAAGUGAAUAUCUUCUGGCAUAAUAUGUGGUACCCUGAUUAAAUAUUUAAUUGUAAGGACAUGUAGUUAAUCAGGGUUCCAUAUGAAAAUCUCACAUUUUGUUAGCUUAGAGAGUUUGGCUUUAAAAAAUGCUUUAAUUACUUAAUAGAAUAGAAGUGCCACACAAGUUGGGACAAUAGGGUAUGAGUUUAUAUAAACUGAAUGGCUUCACAGAGACAAACAGAUCAAAAUUUAGUAAAUGGUCUUCUUAUAUAUUUAUGAUGAUAUGUGGAAUACUUUUUAAAUAUUGAAUAUAUCAAAAUUACUGUAUUAGAAUGUCAUUUUCUUGAUUAUUUUUCACUGAAAUCAUUUGUGAGACUUUUUCCAAAUAUUAUGCCACAAGAAUUAACAGAGAACAGUGAGAUGUGAGGUUCUCGUGAUGGUACCUAUGAAGAUUACUGACUUUGCACUGUGACCCCAUAUAGUCUGGUUGGUAAAUCCCUACCACACUACACAGUGUCACAUCUCAGAGGAUGGUAAUCUUAACAGAAAACAGUAUUUCCACUAAAUGAUUUUAAUAUCAAGUAUGAAUAUUAGUUCAUCAUGAUCCACAAAUGUAUUUUUAUUUCCUCAACUUAAGAGACUGAACUGUCUUGUUAUUUCCAGCCAUGUAUCUCAUACAGAUUUUCUGACUUUGUAUGGAUUAGAUCACUAUAUCCUAUCAUUAGCGGAUACUUUGGCAAACUCAGUAACAAAUAGCCUUGGUAGUUUACCUGAAAGGAACUACUUGUCAUUUAUGGAACAGGCAAUAAAAUUUAAAUUUCCAAAAAUUUGUAAUAAACCAGUCACUACUGAAGAAAUUGAAAAAAUCAUGUACUCUUUUAAAACUAAAGAUUCCUGUGGCUAUGACCCGAUAUCUUUGAGGGUCUUAAAAAUGAGUACAGCCUUUAUAAGUUUGCCCCAUAAUCAUAUAUGUAAUAAAAUUAUAAGAUUUGGUGUUUUCCCAGAGAGACUAAAGUACUUUUGUAAAAAUUGAGGCUUUCACGGCGGUGACUAUGAAGAAAGCAGUCUUCUGGGAUUUGGCACCGUGUAUAUGUGGUG